GUUCUGCCACACAGUGUGUAAACACACAACUGGUUCUGCCACACAGUGUGUAAACACACAACUGGUUCUGCCACACAGUGUGUAAACACACAACUGGUUCUGCCACACAGUGUGUAAACACACAACUGGUUCUGCCACACAGUGUGUAAACACACAACUGGUUCUGCCACACAGUGUGUAAACACACAACUGGUUCUGCCACACAGUGUGUAAACACACAACUGGUUCUGCCACACAGUGUGUAAACACACAACUGGUUCUGCCACACAGUGUGUAAACACACAACUGGUUCUGCCACACAGUGUGUAAACACACAACUGGUUCUGCCACACAGUGUGUAAACACACAACUGGUUCUGCCACACAGUGUGUAAACACACAACUGGUUCUACCACACAGUGUGUAAACACACAACUGGUUCUGCCACACAGUGUGUAAACACACAACUGGUUCUAUCACACAGUGUGUAAACACACAACUGGUUCUGCCACACAGUGUGUAAACACACAACUGGUUCUGCCACACAGUGUGUAAACACACAACUGGUUCUGCCACACAGUGUGUAAACACACAACUGGUUCUGCCAGCAGCAAAUGGUUUAUUGAACAAGGAAGGUCAGUUAAUAACAAACUCUAAUUUACAAUGACAGCCUACCCCAGACAUAUUGUGCGCCUCCCUCUGAGACUCCCAAUCACAGCCAGAUGGGAUACAGCCUGGAUUUGAACCAGGGACUGUAAUGACAUCUCCUGCACUCAGAUGCAGUGCCUUAGACCGCUGGGCCACUCGGGAGCCUUUAAGGAAAAAACAAGCUGUCAAACAUUUAGUGAGUUACCUUUUGCUUGAGUGUAGAUGGAAUAGUCUAAAAUUAGUAAACUAUGCACAUCCGGGGAACCCGUAAUGCAUCCUGAUUGGCUGUAGCCGCUGAUAUCACUUUCGAUUUGACUCUAAAUUAUAAAGUUGACGUUCUAAAGCCUACAGUUCAAACCGAUUUGAUCAGAUUUGUAUAUGCCUAUAUCUUCUCAUUUAAAUUACAUUGUGAACUGGAUUAUUAUGCAACGAUAAACGAUAUAGUUUGUUAUUUUAGCGUGUGUGAAUGAAUAAAGUUUCGGAGCGCUCGACCGAACGACGUCGUUGACAGAAAUGAAGACGUAGAAUUCUCCAGUCGGCAAAUUCCGUUAAGCUGCACAAUUAUGGCAUCCAAUGAGGGUUCUCAACCGAAAAGGAGGAGGAAGAACAGCAUGGAGGAGCCCCCUUAUUUGUCAGGCGAUGCAGAGUUUAGAGUCCUUCUCUUUGGGAGAAGUGGCCGCAGUCAAUUUUCUCUGGCAAACUCCAUUCUGGGGACAGAUGUGUUCAAUGAUGAGCUCUGCCACAUUACAGAGAGUCAGAGACACAGGAGCGAGGCGUUCGGGAGAAAACUAGCUGUGGUCAACACUCCAAACCUCUCUGAGUACGAGGCAUCCCAGAAAGAGCUGAGAAGAGUGUUCAAGUUGUCUGUGUGUAUGUCCUCUCCUGGUCCCUACGUUGUUCUCUUUGCAUUCGACCUGAACAACAUCUCACCAAGUGCAGCAAGCAUCCUGGAACUCGUCACAAAGCAUUUUGGGGACAGCAUCUUGAACCACAUGAUGGUUGUGGUGUGUCAUGAAGAGGAGAAGGAGGAUUCAGCUCUUGAGGAGAAAGUCAAGACUAACAGAGACUUCAGGGAGCUCAUUGAGAAGUGUGGCCGAAGGUAUCACCUCUUCAAUGAGAGGAAGGCCCGGAGAGAUGAGAAGGUUUCCAGACAGCUCCUGGAGAAGAUGGACGACAUGGUGAGGGAAAACGGAUGCAGAUUCUACUCCAAUCACCAAUACCAGGAAGCAGAGGAGAGAAUCCAGAAAGAGGAGCGUUUCAUGAUGAAAGGGAGAAAGAAAGAGAUGCUGACAAAGAGGAAGGAGCUGGAGAGCAGGUACACAGGUGAAGGUCUUGAGAAGGAGCUGGAGAGCAGGUACACAGGUGAAGGUCUUGAAAAGGAGCUGCUGCAGUUUGAGACAAGGAUAAGAGUAGAGAACCGAGCGAAGGCUGAGAGGAAGAUCUCAGAGGUACUGGGAUUUACUCUCACAGCAGUUGACUAUGCUGCUGCAGUAGGUAAAGGGGCAGCUCUAGGGGCUUUAUGUGGAGCGGUCGUGGGGUUUGAGGGUAUGGUGGUGGGAGCCGCUGUAGGUGCCGUCGUCGGGGGGGGCAUAGGAGGUGCUGUCAGUGCGGCAUGGGGUUACCUCACAAACACUGCUGCACAAAUGAAUAGACGUUGAGACAAUGCUGCUUACAUCGAUGAGGCAUUGCACAGUUUAACAGAUUGUGUCAUUUUGAUGCCGUUCCUGCCCAGUUUAACACCACUGUGUAGAGGUCUGAGGCCAAUCAGUUCACUAAUGAAUCUUAUUAGUCAGUGAGAAAAUAUUCAGAGAUGUAUGUUUUGUAGAUAUUAGACGCUGUUGAUUUGUUUUUUUUUGGGGGCUGCUGAUCUGGUGAUGGUUUCUAGUUGGUUAUUUUAAACAGAUUCAUUGUUGAAAUACGUAAAUCAUGAAUAAAGGGAAGAUCCUCUAACAAUGGAAUAUUUAAACACGUUAUAAAUGUAACUAUGUAAGUUUCAUAAAUGGAUUUAGAAUCUAUAUUUAUAUUUAUUUCCUAUUUAAAAGUAUACAGAUGUAUUGGGAAUUCCAAAGACACCAAAAACAACAGUACAUUUAUAACGUGUUCCUAUUUAAAUAGAUUUAGAAUGUAUAUUUAUAUAUACAUCUGUAUACUUUUAUAUUUAUUUUUAUCUGUAUACUGUAUACUAAUUCCCAAUAAAUAUGUGUCCAUUUAAAUAGGAAAUAAAUAUAAAUAUAUAUUCUAAAUCCUUUUAUGAAACUUAUAUAGUUAUUUUUUAAUUUUAUAUUACUGCUGCUGUAUAUAUCUCUAUUUUGCCAAAUAAAUUCCUUCUUUUAAAAAUGAAAAUAAAUCCCAGUUUUGCUUCCCUGUGGUAUUUGUAUUGUGUUAAAGCACAUAUCUGAUCUUCCAUUGCAUACUGUACUGAAACAGUCUGACAGUUCAAUCAGGAGAGACCAGCCUGUCUCCCUGUAGGUUCUCUUGCUCUUUCAGCUUCAACUCUUCCAUCUCAAAGACAUUCCACUUCAUCUUUCCACCAGCCGUCCCUCCAGCACUCCUACACGGCUAAACUCCUUCACGGCUAAACUCCUACACGGCUAAACUCCUUCACGGCUAAACUCCUUCACGGCUAAACUCCUACACGGCUAAACUCCUUCACGGCUAAACUCCUUCACGGCUAAACUCCUACACGGCUAAACUCCUUCACGGCUAAACUCCUUCACGGCUAAACUCCUACACGGCUAAACUCCUUCACGGCUAAACUCCUUCACGGCUAAACU